AUGAGUGACUGUGCUCAGGCAAUCAAAAAGGGCAUCACAGCGGCAUAUUCCGACUUGAGAGUGCAAGCACCCAAGAAGCAGGCUAUUUCCUACUUGUCUGGCAGGGCCGCCAAAGCGGUGGCCAACUUCAGACAAGCGUUGUACGAUGAGCAAAGGGUGGAAAUACAACUUCAAGAGCUGUACGAUAAGUGGACACCUGUGAGCAAGGUUUUUGUUGACUAUGUGCGGAUGCAGUGGCAAAGCAACAUAGUCAACUGGGCUAUGGACUAUUGCCUAACUCCUCAUCAGGGUAUCCACACAAACAAUUACACCGAGGCUUGGCACCAAAUCCUGAAGACCCACUUCAUCAACACCCGUGAACGUCGACAAACCAAUGAAGUUGUUCAGGUACUGACUGACGAGGUCCAUACAGCUUAUCUCAUGUCACACCUUCAAGUCGCGAAAGGCCAUAAACUACAGCAAACAAACAAAUUUCAAUCGUUUGCAAAGGCAAAGGCUGAAGAAUAUUCCCCCACAAUCAUGUCAUUGUUAGGAAUAAACGUUGUGAAACACCACGGACAUUGUAAAUGCAGUUCACCAUUGACUCAUUUACCAACCCCGGCCUCAACUUUUAUUUUUGCCGACAUGAAGAAGGCACCACCAGAAAACGCGGUCACCUUAAUAGUUGCACUUGCAAGUACUUCGUUUGCUACGGAACCGGGUGGAACCACAGCCGGACCAGACCUCACUAGUUGGGUAGCAGACACAUUGGUCAUUAGGCGUGAAACUGUCCAACCCGAGGAAGCAAGAGCUCAGCAAAGUGCAGCAAAUGUUGCGGAAAACGCUAAACGUAGGCGCACUUUGAGCAGAGCCAAGUGUCAGAUGACCACCACAACCACCAGCUCCGUGCUUGCCACUGCCCCCGCCAGCACCACACUCCCAGCCGACAAUGACAAGCCGCUUAUGACCCAGGAGGAUAUCGAUCGGCUUGUACAGCAGCGCAAUGCACCACUCGACUCCGUUGGCUGGUCAGCCUUCAGAACCACCUGCACUUUAGGCGCAAUGUCGGAGGCAGAAACUGCACGGUACCUAAUACAGAAAACCGUGUCGGUGGUUGCGGCUCUGAAGAGUGCAAUCAAUGUGUUAAAGUUCAUCAAAAACCAACGGAUGAUAGCAUUGGAAACCUCACCUGACACAAUGUGGUGGUUCCAUGACUGCUGUAACUCAAUCUCAAACUCAUCUCCUCCCAGAUGUUUAUAG